AUGCAUUUCUCCAGUUUAGUAAUUCUCAUUGUCGGCGUGGCGUCAGCCACCUCUGGUUACGCCGUCCCCAUCGACAAGGUUUUGCUGUCAAAAGCGCGAGGCAGGACAGCUGCUUUUGAUAGCGACCGGGCACCUGAUACGGAUUCAGAGACUAGUAUUGAUGCAGCAGAAGAAGCUGAGACUGGUACUGCACUCUCUCAUGAGGAAGAUGUGGAGGCGCUGCAGCGUCAGGCUAAACUGGAGGCGGAAGACGAAGAGUUAGAGCGCAUUGAGGAAGAACGCGAAGGAAAGGCGGAGCAUGAGAAAAGGGUAGCAGACAAAGCUUUCAUAGCACAGAUGAAGAUAGAUGAGGCUCAGCAAAAGGAUCAAAUUCGAACCGACGCAAUGAAGGAAACAAAGAUGAUCGAAAACGAUGCAAAAGCUGAACUGGAGCUUCAGAAAAAGAUUGACGAGCAAGAGGCUGAAUCUGGAGCAGAUAUGUUUGCGGAAGAACAGCAGAAAGCCAGCGCAAUUACGCACGCGGAAGCUACUUUGAGUGGCGUUCAUUCCCAGAAUGGUGUCCUGAAAUCGGAAGCAGACGAAAACCCGCAGGCUCACUCCCUACCAGAAGGGAUACGAGCGGGCGGGAAGCCUUUUGACAUCGAAUCCUCUAAGGAGCUGAACACAGAGUGUGACAAGCAACCACUCUCUAGUUCGAAGUGUGAGGGCAUCGAAGGAAAACUGGAGAAAUUGAGGGAGGAUGAAGAAGCCCUGGAGAAAGAGGAAGAAACGGCAGAGAAGGAAAUGGGGGGAGAGGAGGCCGAAGAGUCAGAAGCCGAACACAGUGAAGAGGAAGAGGAGUCGUUUGUUCAGAUGCUCAGACAACGAACAAAUCAAAAGCGGGGUUUCAAACACGAUUGGCAGGAAAAGCGGAAGGGUACACGGUUGUCCGCGAAACCGCACGGCAAUUUUGCACAGAGCUUUAUGGUGUGA